AUGGAGGCCAUCACAGACUUUCAGAAGAUUGCUAUUGGUCUGAUGGGAUUUGGUUUGUUUUUCCUGCUCUUCGGUGUGCUGCUGUACUUUGACUCAGUCUUGUUGGCCAUUGGGAAUAUCAUGUUCCUGGCUGGUUUUACAUCCAUGAUCGGCUUCAGGAGAACAGCCCAUUUCCUCUUUCAAAGACAGAAGUUUCGAGCUACUUUUUUCUUCCUUGGUGGCGUGUCACUGGUGCUGUGCCGUUGGCCAAUCAUUGGAAUGCUUGUGGAGAGUUAUGGCUUUGUCCUUCUUUUCAGGUCUUUCUUUCCUGCAGCCUUGGGAUUUGUGCUGUCAGCUGUGAAUAUCCCUUUCCUCAAAGCAUUUGUCUCAAGCAGCACCUCCAUGGUCUGAGCAGAGGAACAGUGAUGGAAAGCUGAACAGACUGACGGGCAGACGGACGUGGCAUCUGAUGAGUAACAGUUCAUUAGCGAGACUGUUGUCAUUUAUUUUUGACCUGUGAAA